UCAUGCAUCACAGAAACGAAUAGGAAAAAAAAUAAAAAGAUGGGAGUAAAGGGUUGGGCUAUCCUCAAGUUUCUAAUGUUUCAAAGUCUUUUCGUUUCACAAUCUCAAGAAGACUUUGAUUUCUUCUACUUGGUUGUUCAGUGGCCAGGAGCCUAUUGUGAUACAAAACGUUCUUGUUGCUAUCCAACAUCCGGUAAACCUGACGCAGAUUUUGGCAUCCACGGUCUUUGGCCUAAUUAUAAAGAUGGUUCAUAUCCGUCAAAUUGCGAUCCCGACAGCCAAUUUGACAGAUCUCAGAUAGAAGACCUGCUAAGUGGUAUGAAAAAGAAUUGGCCAACACUAUCGUGUCCGAGCAACGAAGGGUUCAACUUUUGGGAACACGAAUGGGAGAAACACGGCACUUGCUCAGAAUCAGUAAUGGACCAACACGAUUACUUUAAGAAUACUCUUAAACUCAAAGACAAAGCCAAUCUCCUCCAAAUCCUCACUAACUCCGGAAUUAACCCGGAUGAUGGAUUCUACGAUCUGAAUAAGAUCACCAAGGCGAUAAAAGAUGGGAUUGGAUUUACGCCAGGACUCCAGUGUAACAAAGAUCCGGAGCGUAAUUCCCAGCUAUAUCAGAUCUACCUUUGUGUUGAUACAUCAGGAAGUGAGUUUAUCGAAUGUCCUGUUUUGCCUAGAGGAAGAUGUCCAUCUAAACUCCAGUUUGCUAAGUUCUAAAUCAUAUCAUUACGUGUUUUAUUUAUGGUUUCUUGUUAUGCCAGAUCUCUUCUAUUGUUAUCGUUUCUAAUUUCUCUUAUCAAUCAAGUUUCUUUUCUCUUAAUUAAUUAUAUAUCUCUUAUGUUGCA